AGCCGCAGCCGCAACGUAGGAGCGCGCGGCUGCGAGCAAAGGAGGGAGGGAAGGAAGGAAGAGAGGGAGGCAGGCAGGCAGGCAGGCGGGCGCGGGGCUCGGGGACUGAGGCGGUAGAGGGAAGCGAGAGCCCGGCAGCCGCUUCGCGCUGUGUUUGCUGCGCGGGCUUUUGGAGGGGCGGCCGUGGAGUCGGCCGAGGAGAAGCGGACACCGGCGGCGUUCGUGUUGGCGCCUGGGGGCGGGGGACUGGGGAGGCGAGAAGGGGGGGUCGCUGCGGUGCUUCUCUCGCUGUCGCGCUCUCCUUGCCUUUCUCCCGGCUCGGUGGGCUCCUCCCGGCGUCUCCUUUGCCUCCGGGGCCCCGAUCCCCGCCCCCCGCGGUAUGUCUUGAUCCCGAGCAGCGGGUUUCAUGGGGCUCCUCAGGAUUAUGAUGCCGCCCAAGUUGCAGCUGCUGGCGGUGGUGGCCUUCGCAGUGGCAAUGCUCUUCUUGGAGAACCAGAUCCAGAAACUGGAGGAGUCCCGGUCGAAGCUAGAAAGGGCUAUUGCAAGACAUGAAGUUCGAGAGAUUGAGCAGCGACAUACGAUGGAUGGCCCUCGGCAAGACGCAGCUUUAGAUGAGGAAGAAGACAUGGUGAUCAUUUAUAACAGAGUCCCCAAAACUGCAAGCACCUCUUUUACCAAUAUUGCCUAUGACCUAUGUGCAAAGAAUAAAUACCAUGUUCUUCACAUCAACACUACCAAAAAUAAUCCAGUAAUGUCACUGCAAGAUCAGGUGCGCUUUGUAAAGAAUAUAACUUCCUGGAAAGAGAUGAAACCAGGGUUUUAUCAUGGGCACAUUUCUUAUUUGGAUUUUGCAAAAUUUGGUGUGAAGAAGAAGCCAAUUUACAUUAAUGUCAUAAGGGAUCCUAUUGAGAGGCUAGUUUCUUACUAUUACUUUCUGAGAUUUGGAGAUGAUUAUAGACCAGGGUUAAGAAGACGAAAACAAGGGGACAAAAAGACCUUUGAUGAAUGUGUAGCUGAGGGCGGCUCAGACUGUGCUCCGGAGAAGCUCUGGCUUCAAAUCCCAUUCUUCUGUGGCCACAGCUCGGAAUGCUGGAAUGUAGGAAGCAGGUGGGCUAUGGAUCAAGCCAAAUAUAACCUAGUUAAUGAGUACUUUCUGGUGGGAGUUACUGAAGAGCUUGAAGAUUUUAUCAUGUUAUUGGAGGCAGCUUUGCCCCGGUUCUUCAGGGGUGCUACAGAGCUCUAUCGUACAGUAGGAAAGAAAUCUCAUCUUAGGAAAACCACAGAGAAGAAACUCCCUACUAAACAAACCAUUGCAAAACUACAGCAAUCUGACAUUUGGAAAAUGGAGAAUGAGUUCUAUGAGUUUGCACUAGAGCAGUUCCAAUUCAUCAGAGCCCACGCUGUACGAGAAAAAGAUGGAGACCUCUACAUCCUUGCACAGAACUUUUUCUAUGAAAAGAUUUACCCUAAAUCGAACUGAGUACAAAGUGUGGCAGUUAGAUUCUUGAACUACAACUUUGACCCUGUCUUCACCUUAGUUCUCAGCUCCACAACUUGGAUUGCUGAUGGGUGUGUAAGAUAAUUUGUAUUGAACUGAGUUAGGAUACAGACAGUGACGUCAAGGAAGUAGAUUCUGGCUGACAUGUCAGUGGUCUAGGAAGUUUAAGUUUCAGCCUUUUUUUUUUUUUUUCUGGUUAAAUUUUGGUGGGAGUUAUAACCUCCUGCCUGAACAAAACCUACACAUCACCUAAAAUAAACACAUAGCAGGUCUAAUUGAAGGCUAAAUAAUGAAAUACAAUUUCAGAAAAAGUUCUGAUACUCUUUUUGAUAAAGCAUUUUUUUUCAACUAACCAUGAAUGAAGAUGAAUCCAUUUGCUACUUCCACCUUCACCUGGAGGUUUGGGUUAUACGCCUCUACUGGAUAGUGUUAUUAACUGUUUGGUGGUGUGUACUUUGUUUCUGUGAAUCACGUCCCAUGAAAUUUACUGAAAUGUUUGAUCACGUUUGCUAAGACUGUAUCUGCUGUAGUUGGAACUGCCCAUAUUUAUGUAGGUCAUUUUAAUUUUCUUAAAAAAAUGAUGAUUAGUGUUAAAAAUCAAUUUAAACCAUUAUUAAUACUGUAAAAAGAAUCAAAGCAGUAUUUCUCAUUCCUGUCUCCCCAGUAUCUAAGAUUGGGGAAACACUUCAAAGAAUGUUGACAUUGCCUGAAGUUUUGGUUAAGGCUUCCACACAUUAAUAUCAAAAAAGUAAGUUUAGUAUUUGUUUCUCCAUGGGUUAUUUGUAAAGGUGUAAACUGAGGUAUUGGUGAGUCCAUAUUAUAACUCCAUUUAGUGAGCUGUGGUAAUGGGUAGGAUUUUUCCUACUUCUUCUGUACUUUUACUUGUAGACUAUUUUUACUAAGGUGCUUUAUAAUGUGUUUUAAAGCAUUGCAUUUACGAAAAAAAUUGGAAAAUGCUGUAAAUAUUGCAUAUUUUAUGUAUUUGGACCAAAAGAUUAUAAGUAAUUAGACAAAAAGUGGUUUUGCACCAAUUUUAUUAUGUCAAGUAAAACCAUCAGACCUACUGUUCUUGUAUUUUUCAUUUAACUUUACUGUUAAGACAUCACUGCAGUGAACUUCAAUAACCUUUCAAUUUUGAGACACAGUACAUUAUUCAUAAUUGGGGGCAGUAGUUAUAGUGGAAAGAGUACUGGAUGAGGAGUCAGAAAACUUGAUUUCUUGUCCUGGCUCUGCCACUUACCAGCUGUGUGAUCUUGGGCAAGUCACUUAAUUGCUCUCUGCCUCAGUUUCCUCAUCCUGCAGUGAGGAUGAUAAUACCUGUCCUACCUACCUCACAGGGGUGUUGUGAGGAUUAAAUGAGAUGGCAUGUGAAAGCACUUUGAAACUGUAAGGCGCUAUGUAAACGUAAGGUGUUAUGGAAACAUCUUUAACAUAUAGUUUCAUACCAUUCAUUUUUUAACAAAGAAGGAGAAGAGUCCACCUAUAAGCUGGUUGAAAAAACAGUUAAUCUCUUGAUAUAAAUUUCUGUCUAAUAAAUCUCUUCUCAGUGUUUUA